CAUGGAGCAUGUUACACUUGAUUCUCCUUGGAAGUCUACAGAUAAUAAUCAUUUGCACUGUGGAAUUGCAUUGAUGAGGAUUAUGGAAACAUACAUGGGUUUGUCAAAGUGGGCUUCAGGUUUGAAGAAGAAUAAUGUGAUAAUCAUGGAAAAACUUCGUGUGAAGUACACCUUGGCAAUAAUUUCAAGCGAAAUAAACACAAUUCAAUCCGUUAAAGAAAUUCCUCAAAAGAAGAAAAAGCAGAAGAAAGUUUCUCCUAAGACUGAAGAAGAAAAAGUUGAAGAACAAAAGGGUGAAGAAGAAAAAGCUUAAGAUGAAAAGGCUACUUGUUAGUGUUACCUCAAUAUUUUGCUUGGUGUAGUAUUGAUUAAGGUGUUGACAUAGCUUUCUAAUUUUAGGGAAGUAGAGAAACAAUGAUUUAAUCAACUUGUAAAUUGUUAUUUUUUGAAUGAUGUAAAAAUGGUGACUUUUGAUUAUGGUGACUUUUGUGUUUACCU